AGUGUCCCACGCCUGCCCUCACUGCCAAGGCAGGGACAGACUAACCACGGCGGCAGCCAUGUCUCUCCUGGCCCUGUCCAAUCCUCCGGGCUGGAGCAUCUGCUCUGCGCUCUGCAUCUUCAUCGUGUUUCUCCCAGAAGCCAAAGCAGACAACCUGAACGCGACGACUACGCAGAACGGCGGCGGCUCCCAGUGUGGGGAGUACACCAAUCAGGUGAUGGAGAAUGGGAUGUGUCGGCUGGAGGCCACGCUGCCGCAGCUGGACGAGCGGCGGUGUCCAGACAUGUUUCGCUGCACGGACGAGGUCUCCUACUGGCUGCACGAGAACGAGGAGAGGAAACGGCAGAUCGUGGUGCUGAAGGAGACCAUCUCCGAGCUGCAGGAGGAGCUGAGGAACCACAGGCACCGCAUCAAAGUCCUGGACCUGCAGAGUGCAGAGAAGAUCCACUUAAACAUCUCCUUGGAGCAGCGUUUUCACGAGUUAGAGCUGCACUAUGCUGAAGCCACCACCCUGCUGCACCUCCAGGGCACCCUGAUCCUGGACCUUCAGAACCAGCUCCACAACUUGACCCUCGUCGUUGAUAAAGUCAAGAGAAGUCCUGGCUGUUCAGCCAACGUUGUCCAUCCGAACCCUCUGCUGAACGCCCAGCAGGCCCUCCAUCCAGAGAUGCAGCACGUGAGGAACUGUCACAUAGACUGUGCUGCCAUCUACUACAGUGGAGUGAGAAGAUCCGGUCUGUACACCGUCGUGCCGUCGCUGGCCGGCAUGCCAGUAGAAGUCUACUGUGACAUGGACACUGAUGGUGGAGGUUGGACUGUAAUCCAGCGGCGACUGGAUGGCUCCGUGAGUUUUGACCGCAGCUGGAGGGAGUACAGGGAAGGAUUUGGUGACUUGCAUUCAGAGUUCUGGCUGGGCAACGAGCACAUACAUGACCUGAGCACCCAGGGAGACUACAGCCUCCGCAUCGACCUGGAGGACUGGAGCAACGCGCACAAACACGCUCUUUAUCAGAGCUUCAGUGUGGAAGACCAGGACCAUCAGUACCGUCUCCACGUGUCUGGCUUCAGCGGCACGGUGCAGGACUCCUUCGGCUGGUACCACGACAAACAGGGAUUCAGCACGCCGGACAGCGGCAACAUCUGUGCCGAGAUCUCACACGGCGGAUGGUGGUACAACCAGUGCUUUUACGCCAACCUCAACGGAGUCUACUACAGGGGAGGCCACUACACUCCGAAAGGGCUGGGACCGCUGGGCCCCGACGGGAUCGUCUGGUAUUCCUGGAGAGACUCUGACUAUUACUCCCUGCGUAAAGUCACGAUGAUGAUCCGGCCGCGCAGCUUCCAGACCCGGGUGUCACCCUGAGCCACCGUCUCCGUGACAACAGCGCGAGCACGGGGACCGGCGUGCCCUCUCGGCAGAGAGGGACGGAACGCAGGCGCCGCGGUGCUGAGGAGAACAUUUCAAUGUCAUGACUCAAACGGACAA